UAAAUUGUGAUGUGCUUAGAGAAAGAGCUAGAACUGUUCGACGUCAUUUCCGGUGGAAUAUUCCAGUGAAUCCUGCUAUGCCUUUAAAAAGAGACGCGCUGAAAAUACGUUGAAAAGCGUUGUCUGUGACAGACAGGUGCAGUCUGUAAAAUAAAUGUCAUCUUUGUCCUUUUAAGGUCAUAACUGUUUUUUCGGGGACCCAACUCACUAAAUGUAAAUUAUAAAUAUUGUGUCGUCGAAGCUGACCACCAAAAGCCUUUAUUUGUCUGCGUUAAUUUUGAGUCGCAUCGUUCUGUGCUUGACCUUGAAGUGCUGUUUGACGUGGAGAGAUCUGUUGACCAUCAUGAUCCUCCUGACGCCCACAUCUGCCUUUUUCCAGAACGCUAACAAACUGCUCCUGAACGAACGAGCUAACUGGGUGCAUCUAAAGGAGUUUGCCCGUAAAAAUGCUGCCAACGCUCUUUCUGUUGCCAACAUGCUCAUGGGCAUGGCCUCAAUCCUCUGCAGUCUCAAUGGCCAUCAUCAUGCCUCGUGCUGGCUGGUUCUGAUCGGUUACCUGCUGGAUUUGGCAGAUGGAGCUGUUGCUAGGCAACUAAAUGCGUGUUCUUCACUGGGUGCAAAGUUGGAUGAUUUUGCUGAUUUCACAACAUUUGGAAUAGCAACAUCUCUCAUUUUAAGGACGCCCAGUCUUUUGGAUAACAUCCUGUGCAUGUUGUAUGUGCUGUCUGUCUAUACUCGUCUCUGCUUCUUCUCUAGUGGAAUCCCAUUCAUGUACCGUGGCCUACCAUGCAUCUACUCCUCUGCCAUCCUGGUGUGUGUUUCUCUGCUGACUGGAGGAAAUAUGGCAGUACUGAGAAUCCUAGCAGUGGCCAUGAUUCUCUUCAUGGUCAGUCAGAACUUCUACCCACAUGACAGAGUACUGGAGUCUCAGGCCUGGAAGAAGGUGGUCUACAUUGGAGGAGUUGCCAUGGUGUUUUGCUCCUCCUUCCCUCCAGCGUGCGUUUACUACUUGUUAUGGUCAAUUUCCUACAUAUUGUUUCCAACAACCCUGUGGAGCAGCAAAGUGUAAAGGGGUAAUGGCCUUCCUGCAAAUGAAAAUCAAACCAAUUUAGAAACUCGGAAAACAAUUUUUGGUAACACUUUCUAUGAAGCCCAUAUU